AGCACGGCGUGUUGGGCCAGUCCAUUGCCUCUGCUCCCUAUCCCCCGUAUAAACACGCACACACACGCGCAGACACAUACGCGCGCAGACACGCACGCACACGCAGACACGCACACACGCACGCACACACACGCAGGGGUAGGAGCGCAGCGCGACCGUGCGCUCAGAGAUCGCCUCUCCUCCUCCUCCACGCGGCGGAUGGAGCCAAGCGCAGUGAUGAGCGCGAGCCACCGGUGAGGGAGGAGAGCAAAGGAGCUGCGGUGCCGUGCGGGAGAGGAGGAGGCGGCGGCGGCGGCGACGGCGCGGGGAGAAGAAUCCGCCGCGGUUCCUCCCGCGGACCCCACGGGCCCCUCCAGGCCCCGCUUGUCCUCCCCGCCCUCCCCAGCGGCCCGAACCACCGCCACCACCGCAACCACCAGCACCACCAGCACCAGCACCACCACCAGCACCAUCACCAGCACUUUCACCACCACCAUGGCACCGCCACAGCGCCAGCUGCGCUCUGGGGCGACGCGCCACCUCUCCGCGGGAGCGCCUCUCCAUCCUAAUCCACCACCACCACCGCCACCACCGCCGCCGCCGCAGUUGCAGCUGCUGCUGCUGUUGUCGCUAUCCAUCGCCGUGGUCCUGGCGCCGCUGUUGCCGUCGGCGCUGGCCCAGAACGACACGGAGCCCAUCGUGCUGGAGGGCAAGUGCCUCGUGGUGUGCGACUCCAACCCCUCGGCCGACUCGGCGGAGGCGCCGUCGCCCUUCUCGGGGCCCUCGUCGCUGGGAUUCUCGGUGCGCUCGGGCGGCGCCAAAGUGGCGUUCUCGGUGGUGCGCAGCACCAACCACGAGCCGCCCGAGAUGAGCAACCGCACCAGGGUCAUCUACUUCGACCAGAUCCUCGUGAACAUGGGCAACAGCUUCGACGUGGAGUCGGGCACCUUCUCCGCGCCGCGCAAGGGCGUCUACAGCUUCAGCUUCCACGUGGUCAAGGUGUACAACAGGCAGACCAUCGAGGUGGCGCUCGUGAUGAACGGCUGGGCGGUGAUCUCGGCCUUCGCCGGAGACCAGGACGUGACCAGAGAGGCGGCGAGCAACGGGGUCCUCCUCUCCAUGGACAAGGGCCACCGCGUGCACCUCAAGCUGGAGCGGGGCACGCUCACGGGCGGGUGGAAGUUCUCCACCUUCUCCGGGUUCCUCGUCUUCCCGCUGUGAUGCGGACCCGGCACGCGAGCAGCAGCAGCAGCAGGAGCAGCAGGAGGAGGAUGAGAGAGAAGACGUCCAUUGGGCUGAGGGGCAGUGGCUCGUGGUUGGGAUUGCGAUCACGUAGUGGCAGCAGUGACGAUGGAAGCGUUUUAUGAAUUGUCCAUUAAAUAUUCAGCGUGUACAUAAUUGCGUGCUGUGUUAGGAGCCCCCAGCAGUGCCCACAGACGCACGCACACGCAUGUCAACACGCGUGCGGUCACGAUGCAGACAUCCACAAUUACACGCGUGUGCGCACACGUAGGCACACAAUACAUGUGAGCAACAGACAAAGGUCCCCCGUAUAGCCUUGACAGGCUGUUGGGGCAAGUGCUGUUCGCGAGCACCUAUGAAAGCCGGCACGGCACUCGAGGGGGUGGGGUGGCCAGUUCCACGCCCGGCCGCCUUUGUCUCCCCAACGCCGAUGUUCAAGGAUAUUCAAGGACACAAACAACUUAGCCGUAGAGCUCAUCGGAAGAAGUGCUUGUGACAGUCAACACUGACGAGGCACACAGACACAAUGGUGGUGGAGGUGGUCGUGGUGGUGGUGGUCGUGGUGGUGGUCGUGGUGGUGGUGGUGGUGAUGGUCGUGGUGGUGGUGGUCGUGGUGGUCGUGGUGAUGGUGGUCGUGGUGGUGGUGGUCGUGGUGGUGGUGGUGGUCGUGGUGGUGGUGGUGGUGAUGGUCGUGGUGGUGGUGGUGGUGGUGGUGGUGGUGGUGGUCGUGGUGGUCGUGGUGAUGGUGGUCGUGGUGGUCGUGGUGGUGAUGGUCAUGGUGGUGGUGGUCGUGGUGGUGGUGGUCGUGGUGGUCGUGGUGAUGGUGGUCGUGGUGGUGGUAGUCGUGGUGGUGGUGGUGGUCGUGGUGGUGGUGGUCGUGGUGGUGGUGAUGGUCGUGGUGGGGUAGCGGCGAGCGCAGUGCGCCACGAAGCACGGCGACCCGGGGUUCGAUUCCCGCUCGCGGGCAACACCUGUGACGAUUAUCUGAACUGGUCAUGGGGCCCUCCCUUAGGUCGACUCAGCGUCAAAUGAGUACCUAGUGCGGUGUUGUAAACGUCGCCACUGGGUGAGACAAAGGCGACCGGGCGCGGUGUUGGCCACCCGACCCCUCGUGCGCCGUGCCGGCCUUCACUAGGGGCUCGCUAACAGCACUUGCCCCGGCAGUCUCUUCAGACUAUACCGGGGAGCUUUGUCUUUGGUGUUGUUGGAGUUGCCAGCAGGACCGAACGCCCCCCCUCCCUGUUGUUGAUGUUCACAGAUUAUCAUUUAAGGCUGAGUCUACCUAUGAGUGGCCCGGGAUAGGGCAUGGGGGGGGGGGGUCAGAUAUUGAUUACCAAUUAAGUGGAUUUCCUGGGAAGUGAAACUUCGAGGUCACGGCGUGUGUGAACUACGUGCCAUCAACAAUUCCCAUACGCAGACAAAACCCAAAGCCACCAACGACGCCAUCAAGAGCAGCGCCACUCUCACUGCCACGGGCGCCACGCGGCCUCCUGCAAUGCCACCGGCACCUCGAGACGCCUUGACAACAGCGAGGCGGUCGCGGCCACUGCGUUAGGACGCUGGGAGAGCGAGGGUUGGGGCAGGGGCACCACGGUACGACUCGCAGAUCAUCAUCACCAUCACCACAAGGACGAGGUGAAUGGGAAGCUGCUGUAGUGCUGGGCUCGGGAAACGCGCGCGCGCCGCUGCAGCGAUGGACCAAGUUAGAGGCGCAGCCCUGAAACGUCUCGCUCGCGGCACUGCUGGCGGCAGGAGCCUGCGCCAGGUAGAGGGUGUUUUGGCCUCCUCUUCCACACCGACCGAGACGCGCUGGGACGUACGCUGCGUCCAUUGUUCACGCCGCCGUCGUUCAUUGCAUCGCACGCAAACAAAACACACACGGACACACACGCGUCUAGGGGCACACACACAACACACACACAACACACACACACAACACACACACAACACGCACACACAACACACACACACAACACACACACAACACGCACACACAACACGCACACAACACACACACACAACACACACACAACACGCACACACAACACACACACAACACACACACAACACACACACACAACACGCACACAACACGCACAAAACGCACAUACACAACACACACAACACACACAACACGCACACAACACACAACACACAACACGCACACACACACAACACGCACAACACACACACCACACACAUACAACACACACAACACACACACAACACACACAACACGCACACAACACACAACACGCACACACAACACACACAACACACCACACACAUACAACACACACAACACGCACACACACAACACACACACACAACACACACACAACACACACACACAACACGCACACAACCGCGCGCAGAAAGGGCACGGCGAUCGAAUUCCAAUGGAGCCGCUAUUGAACCGGCUUGUUGUUGUUGUUGUUGACAUUUUCGCGGAGUCUGGCCGAGACGCGCGACGUCCUCUCUGAUUGAGCAGCGCCACUUUUGUCGAAUCCCGCACGCAAGCAGUUGAACCCGCACACACCGCACACAACGCACCCACCGCACAGCGCACACCGCACAGCGCACACACCGCACACACCGCACACAUCGCACAGCGCACACCGCACAGCGCACACCGCACAGCGCAGACACCGCACACACCGCACAGCGCACCCCGCACACUGACUCCGCACACCAACUCCGCACACCGCACACCACCGCACACAGCGCACACAGCGCACACCGACUCCGCACACCGCACACCACCGCACACACCACACACACCGCACAACGUACACCACCGCACACAGCACACCGCACACAGCACACCGCACACGUGAGAGGCACGGGGUCAAAGGCGCAGCCCUGCAGGCGCUCGCUCUCGGCCACUGCCGGUGGAACGGUCUCCACGAAGAGGGAGCUCGCGAGUGCCUCCCCUCUCCCCUCUCCCCUCUCCCCCCCCCCCCCCGCUCUUCAGCUCUUCCUUCCACGCCUUUGAAGGGGUGAGGGGCAGCCACGCGUCGACCCCACCGCGCGCGAGCCGCCGAUCGACUCGUGGUGGUGGUGGUGAAGAGAGAUGCAUCUUUGCUGGCGGACGGGAAUGGGCGAGUUAACGACUGGAAGGCAGCAAGAGAGGAACGAGCGAACAGUUGCCACGCGUGAGCUUCACUCCGACUGCUGCGCCGACACAGAGGAGACGCAACGGAAGCGAGGCCGAUCGCCGGAUGGAUGGCUCCGUCUGUCUCGUGAGCGUGGGAAGGAGCGAUUGGAGGAUUGUGAAUCGAGAAACGGACAUUUGCCACCGAGGCAGCUCCUCGUCAUCCGUCCGGACGGCGCCGCUCGUGUCGGGGAAGUGCUCCACGCACGGUGGAGAGGCUGCGGGUUCACAUCCCCGCUGGGGAAGAGGUGGGGGGGGGGGGAGAUUUCCAGCCCUUCGUAAUCAAUCACCACCACCACCACCAUCAUCCCUAAGGUGGUCAUUAAACAAGAGAGAGCCACUUAGCGGCGAGUCAAAUCGACUGUUUGCCCUGCAGAGGGACUUGACUUCUGCCGAAGAAAUGUGGAAUUUCCAACCGAACGGAGCUGAGCACCGCUGCUCCCCGCGCUCGCGUCAGCGUGCCGGGAGAUGACUGAUUGUGACUGGCCGCCCUUUACCUCGGCAACACCCCCCACCCCAUC